UCAACCCGCGUGCAUGUUCGAAGUUCAAACCAUGAAGUAAUCAAUCAAUGCUCGCCGGCGGUCGCCAUCCCCGAUUUUAUUUCUUGGCAGCCCGGAUGAGCAUAUUCCAUUCCCCCUACAUAUCUCCUGCCUUCUUGCCUUGACCCAUCUUUAUUUAUCGGUCAAGAAAUCGAACAAGCGAUCCCAUUCCCGUCCCCGGAGUACAACCUCCAAGAAGCCGCGACAGGAAGGAAACCAAGAACCAGAGCGGCGAGGAGCAGAGGAGGCGGAGAGCCCCGCGGGAAUGGGGCUGGCCAACCGGAUCGGCGCGGUUGCCCUGGCCGUGGCCUGCGCCGUCCUGCUGCUGGGCGUCGCCUGCCGGGCCGGCCAGACCAGCGAGUACCGGCGGCUGCUCGGCCAGGCCAUCGACAUGCCGCUCGACGCCGACGUCUUCCGCGCUCCGCCCGGCCACAAUGCGCCGCAGCAGGUUCAUAUCACGCAAGCCGACCACGAAGGUACAGCCAUGAUAAUCCCGUGGGUGACAACAGUGGAACCUGGAUCAAGCACAGUACUUUACGGGACUUCAGAAGAUAAUCUCAACUAUUCUGCAAAGGGAAAGCAUUCGCAGUAUACGUUCUACAAAUAUACCUCAGGAUACAUUCAUCAUUGUACAAUCAAGAAGCUGAAGUUUGACACAAAGUAUUACUAUGCCGUUGGAACUGAAGAGACGCUGAGGAAGUUUUGGUUCAGGACCCCUCCGAAAAGUGGCCCAGAUGUUCCAUAUACAUUUGGUCUGAUAGGUGAUCUCGGUCAGAGUUUCGACUCAAAUGUCACGCUCGCUCAUUACGAGUCCAAUUCAGAAGCCCAGGCGGUGCUUUUUGUCGGGGACCUGACAUAUGCAGAUAAUUACCCAUAUCAUGAUAAUACAAGGUGGGAUACGUGGGCAAGAUUUGUAGAACGGAAUCUUGCAUACCAGCCUUGGAUCUGGACAGCUGGAAACCACGAGAUAGAUUUUGCUCCGGAACUUGGCGAAACGAAGCCAUUCAAGCCAUACAGCAGCAGGUAUCACACACCCUAUAAGUCUUCCGGUAGCGCGGCACCUUACUGGUAUUCCAUCAAAAGAGCCUCAGCAUAUAUCAUUGUCCUGGCAUCAUACUCCGCAUACGGAAAAUACACCCCUCAGUACAAGUGGCUUGAAUCUGAGUUCCCCAAGGUGAACAGGAGCGAGACGCCAUGGCUGAUCGUUCUGAUGCACGCCCCGUGGUACAACAGCUACAACUACCAUUACAUGGAAGGUGAAAGCAUGAGAGUGAUGUACGAGCCGUGGUUCGUGAAGUACAAAGUGGAUCUUGUGUUUGCAGGGCAUGUCCACGCCUACGAACGGACACAUAGGAUUUCAAAUGUUGCAUACAACAUCAUAAACGGGCUGUGCUCUCCGAUCCCGGACCAGUCGGCGCCGGUCUACAUAACCAUCGGCGACGGGGGGAACCAGGAAGGGCUGGCCACCAACAUGUCGGAGCCGCAGCCGAGCUACUCGGCCUUCAGAGAGGCGAGCUUCGGGCACGCCAUCCUGGACAUCAAGAACCGGACGCACGCCUACUACGCCUGGCACCGCAACCAGGACGGCGCCGCCGUGGCGGCAGACGCCCUCUGGUUCACCAACAGGUACUGGAUGCCCACCGACGGCUCCUUCAACGAUGCCUGAAACAAACGGUGGGGUUGGAUGGUCCACGCUUCCUCUCGUUGAAUAAGCAUCGUUCGCCUCCAGCGCGUAUAGGGAGGGUACUACGGGUUAGAGUCGAUCGCUGCUCAAUCUGUACCACAAAACUGUGUAUAGAGAGGAGAAGUUGCCGUGCGUGCAGGUGCAGAUUAUUACGUGCGAGUGAGCAAGGCACGCACCGUGUGGAUUGUAUUAGCCGAUUCUUGUAUACGCGCCAGUAAUGAUUUGAUUUGGAGGCACAUCGUAUGUUGUGCUUUAGGGUGAACACACGUGAAAGAAAAUAGACACACAUAGAUGGUGGAGUUCUCUUCUUCUUUUGACGGUGCAAGACAGGAGCUCUGCCGAUUUCAUUGGGAUGGAAAAAAUACAUAGUGACCCGGUUUCGGCCAAAAACCACAAUGCCCAAAAGGAAGUCCGAGCGAAAAAAAUAUAUAGAAAAAAGACACUAGAGGUGGGGAUAGGCCUUCAUCUUGAGCUCAACAUCCUCCUCUUUGCUCACUUCAGGCAAUUCCCCAAAAGCAUCCAACAGGCUAUGCUCAGAAUGCUUGGCCGUUGGGAUGUUGGUGCAAAGCACCAUAGGGUCAUCACCAUGGACUUGGCUCCAUUGCCAAGGGAGAAUAAAAAACACUAAGGUGAAUUCUAUCCUUUAUGCGUGUCAACUUGGUUCUCUCUCGGAUGGUAUACUACUUGACCAUCCUUCCUCAUGCAUACAUAGGUUUGAGCUGCGCACCACACGUGUUGAGGAGUGCAAGCACAAGAGUACGACGACAUCAUGCACGAGGGAAGUAUGCAAAAAAAGGAAGAAGAAACAAGGAGAAGAUUCCAGGAGACCCCGAAAGCUCCGGCCAACGCCUCAGAGCUUCCGGCCCCUGGAACUUUCAGCCUCGCCUACGCCAACAUUUGCAAACCUUCUCGGAAUACCGAAACUUGCCCGAAACUUCCAGCCCCUUCCCGCGUGAAGUGA